GAGCUACGGAGUAGAUGACAGUGAAGACCAAGACCUGGGAACCCGACGCCUAGAAGUAAUAAUAAUAAUGGUCUCCCUGCCAUCUAACUAAGCAACACCAUCCACCUCAGAUCCACAAGCUCUGCAUUAUUCGGAACCAAAAAUCUCUCAACCUCAGCCAGUGCCGCCUCUUACAGCGUUUGAGGAUCGGAUCAAUGCACUGGCAUUGAGUUGGAACUAAUCAAGCCAUCAGCACACAAGUGUCACACUACGAUUGCUGCUGCUCUGGUGUUCUUUCUUUUGAGAGAUCUGCUGGAUCUUGAGCCCCGGAAAAGCUUUUGCGAUUUUCAGUCAUUCUGCGUUUCAACAUUUGGAGAUGGAGUAGGCGAAAGCAGCUGAUCAUCCAGUAAUCAACUCGAGUCUUGUUCUCAGUCUUUUCGGUGAGUGCCGGUGCCGCACACGCAACGCGAUUUCACUAGUUCACCUGCCGUUGCUGCUCCUCUUUAGGGAAGAGGCUCAAAAGAAGAACCUUUGAAGUAUGAGUGGAAUAGAGGCUGCUUUAGCGUCUGGAGUGUUGAAAACUGCUGGUGGCAAGCUAGCUUCACUGAUAACCAGUGAGUUUGCUUCCAUAACAGGUGUGGAGAAAGACCUCCGUGAGCUCCAAUGCAAACUUGAGGAGAUAAGUAGUUGGCUGGCUGUAGUUCGUGAUAGAGCCAUAGGGACUGGCACACCGCUUCCACGGUUGAACGAAUUGAGAAAUGUUGCUUAUGAUAUUGAUGACUUACUCUAUGAUGUCCACCUUGAAGCUGAUAAACACAAGAUACACAGUGACGGUGACAAGCAAACGAUAGCAGAUUGCUUCUGCGCAAAACCAAAAUCACUUCUGUUCAGAUGCAAGGUGGCCCGUAAGAUCAAGGCAAUCAAAGUGAAAUAUGAAAAGACUGUGAAGGAAGCAAGUGAUGCUAAUAUUAUAAGGAAGAAUUUACAAAUGGAUGAUCCUGUUCGGAGCAGCAACCCCGGGACAGCUGGAGAGCUCUCCAUGCUAUCUAACGUUGAUGACUCAAAAAUACCCAGAAGAGAUCGGGAGAAGGAUGAAAUCAUAAGUAAGAUUUUAGAAACUAAUGAAGGGGACGAUGGAAGAACAGUAGUAUCUAUCGUUGGAUUAGGUGGGUCCGGCAAAACUACUUUGGCCAAACACAUCUGCCAUGACAACAAGAUAAAGGAGCACUUCAAAGACACGGUAUUCUGGGUCUAUGUGUCUCAAGAAUUUGAUGUCGAUAAGCUUAUCGGCAAGCUUUUUGAAGCUAUCGUUGGGGAAAAGUCUGAUCAUCAUGUUAAACAGAGCAUGCUCCGUGACAUUUCAAACAAGUUAGCUGGUAAGAAGUUUCUUCUUAUCCUGGAUGAUGCAUGGCAUCAGGACAAGCAUGACUGGGAACAAUUCAUGGUGCACCUAAAGAGUGACGCACCUGGAAGCAAGAUGUUGCUUACUACUCGUGAUCGGAAGGUUGCAGAAAUUGUGAAAUCCAGGCAUAUAUUCGAGCUGGGGAUGUUAUCAGGGGCUGAGAGCUGGAGCUUGUUCCUAAAGAGCUCUGGGUGGGUAGAGGAAGAUUUGAGCUCUGAGUAUGUAGAAGUUGGAAAAGAGAUCCUGAAUAGAUGUAGUGGGGGUGCCUCUAGCAAUCAGAACACUUGGAGGUAUCCUCAUUGAAAAAAAGGAAAUAUGUAUCUGGAGAGCCAUAGGAGGGAGUGAUUUAUGGACUGUUGAUAGUAUAAAUGGCAGAGUGUUUGCUUCCUUGAAAUUGAGCUUCAUUCACUUGCCAGAUGAACUAAAGCAAUGCUUCAUGCUUUGCUCUAUAUUUCCGAAGGGCUCAGAAAUCUACAAAGAUCGCUUGAUUUCCCAAUGGGUAGCCCAUGGAUUCAUUAGUUCGAUGAAUGGAGUGCAAGCAGAACAUAUCGGAAGUGGCUACUUUGAUUCUCUUGUAAAAGUUGGCUUUCUUCAGGAUCCUUCUAAGGACUGGUGGACUGAACAGCUAGUAUGCAAGAUGCACGAUUUGAUUCAUGAUCUCACUCGACACAUACUGCAGGAUGAAGUGGUGACUUGUCUAUCGAGUAAUAUGAUAGCAAACUGCACUCAGAGGUGCAGAUACUUAUCAUUGACUUCAUGGCCAGAUAAGGUUCACAGGAAUUCAUUUCACAAGGUCCAUGCUCUCUUUAUCUCUGGAGGUAAUCCAAUAUUUGAUAAACCAGUUAAGAAGAGCUCCUGUGUCCGCAGUGUUAUUCUGGACUACACAGAAAAUACUCCAUUUCCUCAAUUCACAUUGAAGUUUGAAUAUCUUGGAUAUCUUGAAAUCCAUAACCUUUGUUGCGCGAAAUUUCCAGAAGCCAUCUCAGGUUGUUGGAACUUGCAGUCACUUUAUUUAAUUGGAUGCAUGAAUCUUAUUACAUUACCAGAGUCUAUUGGCAAGCUUAAGAAGCUACGAACUCUAGGGCUGAAUUUUGCUUCUGAUCUUGAGAGUUUACCUCGGUCAAUUGGUGACUGUCGAGACCUUCAAUCCUUGAAUCUGUAUUCUUGUGAUAAACUCAGAGAUGUACCAAGAACAUUGUGUGAAAUUAGUAACCUAAGAGUCCUGCGUAUAUAUAGUUGUUCAUCUCUGAAACAGUUGCCGUGAGAAUGCACCGGGGAGUUCAGCAACUUGCGUACUCUUGACCUUUAUGCAACCAAAGUGACCGUACUACCUCAUUGGGUUAGUACGAUUGGUA